CUGCCGGAGGAAAUUGCUCGUCUGACCAUGGCUAGAUCUUCCCAUUGGUAGAGACUUGAUUCUAGGAAGGACGUUGUGGCCCAAGGGAAAAAUACAGGAGGCCUGUAAUUCCCAUACAGCUGCUCAUCAAAUCUCUCAGAGCAGAAUUGCUACAGGCAUAUCGUGGGACAGCCCAGGCGUCCCGGAGUCAGCGAGGGCCCUGUCAGCAAGUCUGGGGCGGGACCUGUGUUAUUUCUCUGGCUGCGAGGCUCUACCGCUCCUCUGCAGUUCACUUCAGCUCCCUGCCACCGUCCUGUCUUCAGCAUGCCUGGCCCGGCCCCCAGUGGCACUAACGUGGGCUCCUCAGGGCGCUCUCCCAGCAAAGCAGUGGCGGCCCGGGCGGCGGGAUCCACCGUCCGGCAGAGGAAGAAUGCCAGCUGUGGAACAAGGAGCGCAGGACGUACGACCUCAGCGGGCACUGGGGGGAUGUGGCGAUUCUACACAGAGGACUCACCAGGGCUCAAAGUGGGCCCUGUUCCAGUAUUGGUGAUGAGUCUUCUGUUCAUCGCUUCUGUAUUUAUGUUGCACAUUUGGGGCAAGUACACUCGUUCAUAGAUUCGGCUACAUCCAUCUGUCUGUCAUCUGAAGAAGAAAGGAAAAAAUCCCAACAUAUUUUGGACCAAAAACAUAGUGAUUUUCUGUUCAUGAGGAAGAAAUUUUCUGAAAGCUUACUGUUUUAUAGGGAACUUAAUGAGAAUUAGAAUCCAUUUUUUUUCUAUGGCUAAUAAACUUUUUAAUUCAUUUAUACC